AUGAGAGGAAACACCUUCCAAACGUUGCUCAUCGGCGGAACAAACAGCAAACAAGAGAAAAUGACGUUCGCUCAAAUGCUCUACAAGGAUAUGCAAUGGGGUGAAGGCGCUGAGGCGCCAGUCACCUCGGCUCCAACCUUGCCGGAACGUUCCUCUGCCACACCAACGCGAACAACUCGACCACGUCCUCGAUACGAGAACACGCCUCAUCGGCCAAUUGUUUCUCUUGGUGAACGUGAUUUCGAAGAACUGGACCCAGAUGUCUUUGAGAUUACCUUCCCACCAUUUGUUACUGUCAUACCGGAGAUGUUUACACCAAAAGAGAAAUCGAAGCAGCAUCCAGAUUUCACUGUUCAGGAUACCUCCCCGACGACUACAUCACCUCCUCAGAUCUCCACAUCGGAAUCAACAUUCCCCACAUUCAAGCUAGCCGAUUCCCAGGAUACCCUCGUUACAGUGUCUCUAGACAAUUCACAACCAGACCCCACCAUCAAAAACCCGGCAUCUACAUCUUCCACAACCAGCGCUGUCCAGGAGACUCAGGCUGCAGUCGAGGCAGAAGGAGAUUCGCAAAAGUCCAACAAUAUCGCUGAAGAAGCUCAGCGAGAAACGACUGAGCUGCAGCCGACUACCGAGAAGGCGUCAGAAUCUCCUUCAACCACGAAGGCGACCACUGAACAGACCACUACAUCACCGACGACUACUGCUCCACAUAUCUUCGUCUUUACCACGAUACGAACGACGACGAAGACGUCGCCGAAGCGGCCGCAGAUUGUUACAGCUGGUACGACAACAACACUUGAGCCAGAAGAUGAUCCAGAAGCUGCUGCAAGCAAAAUGGCCAUCAUCAUUCCGAGCGUCAUCGUUGUGGUGUGGAUCCUACUGCUCAUCGCGAUUGCACUUUUUGUUUGCUGCCGAAGAAGGACUUCGUCCGCACAACUACGCCCAUAUGGGCCGGUGUACUCGGUUCAACCAACGUCGUAUGCUUUGAAGCGAAAUGGGAAACCUGUGGAAGGUUCUUAUGAGGAUCACUUGGAAAAGGCUGCCAGGAUGAGCAGUGAAAUGUCUGCUUAUAAUCAGGUAUAUAUCGGAAUUACUCUACCAUCCAGUAAACUGGUACCCACCGAUCAACCUGGUUGA